ACUAUCAUAAAGUUUAAGUACAGCUAUAUAUCUGAUAAUAUAUCUGGUGUCUGAAAUUACUGUUCCGCUGCAGGCCAACUAAAUCCAUUUUCAAACUAUUAAAGCCACACUAUAAAUAAUUUUAAGUACAAUAAUAUAUCUGGCAGUAUAUCUAGUGUCCGAAAUCACUAUUCCGCUGCGGGCCAACUAAAUCCAUUUUCAAACUAUUGAAGCCACACUAUAAAUAGGAAGGCAUAGUAGCUUUAUUUUCUCCAAGCCAAUUUCUGCAAGCUCUCCUCCAGCACUUGAUCAACUCUUCCUUACUACUCACUUGUAAGUUUUUUAACUAUAAAUUUUUUUUUUCUAAAGAGAUGGAUCAGAACUUGAACAUGGCUGUGAGGAGAAGAAUGGCUUGCAUUGCCAAUCACAUGAUGCCUGGCGAAAUGGUUGCGGGAAACGAGCUCGGUUCUGUUGCUCUUUCCAACUGCAGCUCUCCGGUGGAGGACAGCUACAGCAGAACCCACCGUCCGGUCCCGACUCAUCCACCCGUUUGGACCAGAAUCCCAACAGAUGAUACCGGCAAGGAGUUUGAGGAUAUCAUCUAUGAAAAAGCCGCCGGAGAAGGCAUUGCCAAGAUUACGAUUAACAGGCCAGAAAGGAGGAACUCCUUCAGGCCACAAACAGUGAAAGAACUGAUGAAGGCGUUUAAUGAUGCCAGGGAUGAUAUUAAGAUCGGAGUCAUCAUUUUCACCGGAACGGGUACAAAGGCAUUCUGCAGUGGAGGUGAUCAAUCCUUCAGAGGCAAAAAUGGUUAUGCUGAUUAUGACAAUUUUGGACGACUCAAUGUUUUGGACUUGCAGGUUCAGAUUCGCCGACUCCCAAAGCCCGUCAUUGCAAUGGUUGCGGGUUAUGCUGUGGGAGGUGGACAUGUUUUGCACAUGGUCUGUGAUAUCACCAUAGCUGCUGAUAAUGCCAUUUUUGGCCAAACUGGUCCAAAGGUUGGUAGCUUUGAUGCUGGUUACGGAGCUUCAAUUAUGUCCCGCUUGGUUGGCCCUAAAAGAGCUAAAGAAAUGUGGUUCCUUGCUAAGUUCUACACAGCUGCAGAAGCAGAAAGAAUGGGGCUUGUGAACACCGUAGUUCCAUUGGAGAACCUGGAACAAGAAACAGUGAAAUGGUGCCGUGAGAUAAUGAGGAACAGCCCAACGGCGAUCCGAGUUUGCAAAUCGGCGGUGAAUGCAGCUGAUGAUGGCCACUCCGGACUUCAGGCACUUGCUGGAGAUGCAACCCUCAUGUUCUAUGGCACCGAAGAAGGCAAUGAGGGAAGAUCUUCCUACCUCCAACACCAGCAACCUGAUUUCUCCAAGUUCCCCAGGCUUCCUUAGAUCUUUGUUGAUCAACACUAAAUUUGUUUUGUUCCUUACCUUUGUGAUUCAAGUUGAGAGUCUUUUGUGGCUUUGUUUGCCUCUUUAUCGUACUCCAAUUUUAUUGUAUGUGAUGGUGAGCGUUCAACCAUAAGCUCCAAUCGUGUACUUCUGAUAUUGUAUUGUGAUCAUUAAUAAAAAGUGUCAUUCAAUUAGUAAUGUGUACUUUCAGC